AGGUAUUUUGGGCUUGCAUAAUUUCUUACUUAAAUCAGUUUAGAGGCAGGAGAGAAACACGCUGCAGAAUUUGAUGGAAUAAAGAUAUAUAACUGUGAAAAAAAUUGAAUUGCCAUUUUGAAAGGAACCAUGACGUAUUCAACCAGAGCAGAAAGGGUGGAAAAUAACCUCAAACUAUAUAGGUUUACAGCUAUACCCAGUGGGAAGAGAUUGGUCUGUGAUGUGGGCUCGCCUGCAGGAUCCAAGCUGUUUGUCUCUCCAGUUCUCUCCAUUUCGGGGAAAUGGUUGAGAGGGGCAUGUGGUUGUGUUGACUCAGGUGUUUUAGAGUCUCUGGACUUCAGCUGCGGUCACGCAGACCUGUGCUUGGGCACCUGGGAGUGAGGUGCAGGCAGCACUGCCUCAGCUGUGUUUGUGCACUGGGAACGCUGGCUGCUCAGAGCUCUUGGGAGGUGGAUUUUUAUUUUGCUACAUACCAGUGAAUAUGACACCAAAACAUGAAAAGCAGGAAUUUGUAACUGUCUUGGUGAGAGACCCCAGGACACAGAAAGAAGACUCAUGGCAUUCUUACAUAGACUAUGAGAUAUUUAUUCAUACAAACAGUAUGUGCUUUACAAGGAAAACAUCCUGUGUUAGACGUCGCUUUAGAGAAUUCGUUUGGCUUCGUCAGAGGCUUCAGAGCAAUGCGGUGCUUAUACAGCUACCUGAACUGCCAUCUAAGACUCCCUUUUUCAACAUGAACAAUCCUCAUCACGUGGACCAUCGCCGUCAGGGUCUGCAGGAAUUCCUGGAAAAGAUCGUACAAGACACAUUAUUGCUUUCAGAUAGUAGACUUCACCUCUUCUUACAGACUCAGCUUAGCCCAGAAGAUAUGGAGGCUUGUGUGUCUGGACAGACCAAAUACUCUGUUGCUGAUGCAAUUCACCAGUUUGCCUCUUUGAACAGACGUUUUCCUGUAGAAGAUGAAGAGAGAAAAAAAGGAAAAAAUGAUGCAGGCUCUGAUUCAGAGAGUUCAUCCUCCGGGCUCCGACCUAGUGAUGACAGCAUUUCAUGUGGAUGUAAAGCAAGCCCAGCUUCUGAAGAAUCAUGAAAAAUCAUUCCUCUGUUGCUAUCUUAAGGACAGUACAAAGCAGUUUCUGCUCUGUUUACUGGUUACGUGCGCCACACAAGCAGGGCUGUCUGGUAAUGCGUACCUGAAAGACCCGUCGUCAGUACAACCAUAUGUCCUUACAAAAUAUUCAAAACAGACCUUUAUACUGUCUUUUUGUUGUUUUUUGGUGUUUGUUUUUUUUUUUAAUGUGUCUUGAUUCAGGCCUACAUGUUACCUAUUUAUGUUUUUGUGACUAUUAAAAUCUCAGUAUUGGGUAAGUCCUUUUCUGACACACAUUGCCAGUUAAAAUAUUUCCCUCAGUGAGUGCAUGUCUUGGAUCAGAAAAAUAAAGAUAACUUAAUUCCUCAUCUUAAAAGUUGGUAUAUCAUAUUAAACAUAUUCAAAGCAUCUUUUUGUAAUUUGCAGCAGAGAAGUUUCAUCUUUAGAAGUCAUUUGACGCUGCUGAUGAAAUUACACACCCCACCAAGGUACUCACUUUUUAAAGUAGCUCGGCAACAUCAGCAAAACAACAUUCGUACAAACUAUAUGCUGCUGACAAUUUGAGAUAUAAAUACAUGUUCCCGUGGUCGAAAUUUCUGCAGUGUUUACAGAAAGCCUGGUUUUAUCAUGCAUGAGUACUGAAGGCAAAAAUUUUCGAGUAUGGUCACUUAUAACUUUAGAAAUACAAAUAAAAAUUACAUAAUUUCUCGGCUUGAUGGAGGUUCUCAGUUCCCAGGGAAUUAUGGAUACUCAUUCCCAGUGAAAAUCCUGGAUAAGGCAAUUGAAACAAGUGGCUGAAUUUUGCACUGACCUCGCUAAGGCCAGGAUUUCAGCCAACAUGUUUUACUUUUGUCACUUAUAUUUGAAGAUGCUGGGAGGGGUGUUUUAGCUUAGCAGCUGAAAUGGAGAGGUGAUGAUAAUCACGUAGCUAUAACGCGCUGUACGGAUGUUGCCCUCUCCACUCUUCAGGAGUAACAGGAGCUGCUUAUUUCAUUGUGGCUGUAGUUAACACGUUGGAAUAUUGACUUUUUCACAAACAAAAGGCAGGCUCGAACACAACUUCGUAACCACCAACACUUAUUUUGAUUAAACGUCAGUUUUGCUCUUUAUUGUUCACAGCAGCUGCGUAGUGUCUUGUCCCAGAUUCUGUCAAAGGAGUAUGUUUCACUGUGGUGUUGUAUUUAUAUUUGACAUUUAACUGCUAUUAAAAAGACCUAGGGGGUCUGAUCACUCUAGCAAAGCUUCCAUUAACUUCAGUGCUGUAGUUACUGGCCUAGAAAUGGAUAUAAAUACAUGCUCGCCUUUUUUUUUUUUUUUUUUUUUUUUAAGAAUUAUGUGGUUACUUUCAAAGAAGGAACAUUUUAAACCUGUGAAUUACAGAAACAAUAGAUUAUUAAAUGGCCAGCUAAUAAGCCUAGACAUGUGUGGGCAUGCUUUUUUAAAGCAUCCAGAUGGGAAUCUGUGUAAUUUUAGAAACAUGUUUUAAUGGCCUUGAGAAUAACAUCUCUUAGGUAACUACUUCAAGCCACUGUAUUUUGUUGAUGGCAGCACAUUUUAAAGAUAAAUAUCCAUGCUUCUUUUCCUUUGGUCUUACUGAUUUGCACAAAUGUAUCUGUUCACUUUCUCAGCUUGUGUGUGAGUUAGCAGCAAUGUUAUUUUAAUGUAAAAGUGAUAACAUCUAAUUAAAGCAACAAGUUAUCACAAAAAAAGUAGCUUAAAAAUAGCUGUUAUUGCCAGGCAGAGAUUUUGAUUUCUUGACUUUUCUUCUUUUUUUUUUUUUUUUUUUUAAUAAGUUGGCACAUUACAAGAAAAAUGGUUCAGUGAAUUUAUUUAAAAAAUGGGAAGGAUAUAAAAACAAAAACUGGAAUAAUGUCUGAGAAGAAUACUAAUGUUUUUAUUUAACACAGUAUGAGGUUUUCUUUUGUUUUAAAAGAUUGAGUUAAACUGUUGAAGCACUUUACAAUUCUGGCCUCCUAGGACAUCUUCAAGAUCUGCAAAAAAAUUACAGAAACACAAGGUUUGGAAAGCCUUUGUGGUGUUUUUUUUUUUAAUUUUUAAUUCUAGGAACUUAUCUGUAGGCCAGUGAGUGUUUUUCAAAUGAAGAUGUUUCUGAAAUAAAUAUUUGUUUUCUAAUAGCUCUACUGUUGUUCUGUUAUUUUCUCGUCACACUGUUAAAAAAUCUUAAGACUACUAUAACAGAACUUUCUUCUCAGCUAUGACAGAGAUUUGUUUAAAUAUUUAUCUUUUGAAUGUUGCCUGUGUAGCUAUUAUUACUAGAAUUUUUUGUAUUAAAGGGUGAGGAAAAGUAUUCCAUGCUCUCUAGUAUGUCCACUUUCUGUAUCGGCUGUAUGUAACUGCAUAUAAAUGCUUUAAUACAUUCUGUUUCUUUUGGAGCAUUAAAUAUAACUGUUACAAAUUUAAAUGUUUUAGAAAAAAAGAAA